ACGACGCUUUUGACUCCAGCGCGCGAAACGCCCACUGUUUCUAUAGCAAACAACAACGGAACAAGCAAUAACUUUUACAGAUGGACGUCGUUUACACAUCGAUAGUGUAAACAAGUUUCUAUUUAGUUUGAUAACAUUGCAUGAACCAGAAAGAUGACACAGUCCAUAGUAGUCCAAGUUGGUCAGUGUGGGAAUCAGGUGGGCUGCCGCUUCUGGGACCUCGCGCUCAGAGAACAUGCACAUGUCAAUCAAACAGGAGUUUAUGAUGAGGCGCUGAGCAGCUUCUUUAGAAAUGUUGACCAAAGGAGAGCGAGUGGAGCAGACGCUACAGGGGGCAGGAUCACUGCUCUAAAGGCCAGGGCCGUAUUAGUGGACAUGGAGGAGGGAGUCCUAGGAGAGAUUCUGCAAGGACCGCUGCGUUCUCUCUUCAACAGCACACAACUCAUAAGUGAUGUCUCUGGUUCAGGCAACAACUGGGCAGUCGGGCACCACACAUACGGCUUGACCUACAGAGAGCAGAUUGUGGAUCAGGUCCGUAAGGCUGCAGAACACUGUGACUGUCUUCAGUGCUUCUUCCUCAUUCAUUCCAUGGGAGGAGGCACUGGUUCGGGGUUAGGCACAUUUGUGUUGAAGCUUCUAGAAGAGGAGUUCCCAGAGGUGUGCCGGAUAGUGACCUCGGUUUACCCGACGGCAGAGGAUGAUGUCAUCACCUCUCCCUACAACAGUGUCCUAGCCAUGAAAGAGCUCACAGAACAUGCAGACUGUGUCUUGCCGGUCGAUAACCAGUCUCUGGUGGACAUUGUUGGUAAGAUACAGCACAUGUCCAACACUGGCAAACCAAGCUGUACUAUCAAGAAGGACUGUACCAUCAUCUCUGGACAAGGAGGGGUGGUGAAGGUCGAAAAACCUUUUGAUGCCAUGAACAACAUUGUGGCCAAUCUACUUCUUAAUAUCACCAGUUCAGCACGUUUUGAGGGCUCUCUUAACAUGGAUCUGAAUGAGAUCGCCAUGAACCUGGUACCAUUCCCGCGUUUACACUACCUCGUGCCCAGUCUAACUCCUCUCUACACACUUGCAGAUGUCAAUGUACCACCACGCAGGCUGGAUCAGAUGUUCUCAGAUGCAUUCAGCAAGGAUCAUCAGCUGAUCAGAGCUGACCCCAAACACAACCUGUAUCUGGCCUGUGCUCUUAUGCUGCGUGGAGACGUUCAGAUGUCAGAUCUGCGUCGAAAUAUUGAGCGGCUAAAGCCCACCCUGCCAUUUGUCCCAUGGAAUCAGGAGGGAUGGAAGACUAGCCUGUGUUCAGUCCCUCCUGUGUGUCACUCACAUUCUCUGUUGGCCUUAGCCAACAACACGUGUGUGAAAUCUACCUUUUUUGAACUACGGGAACGUUUUGUGAAACUCUACCGUAGGAAGGCUCACUUGCAUCAUUAUCUAGCAGUGGAUGGCAUGGAGUUGGCUGGAUUUAAUGAGGCACUAUCAUCUAUCUCGGAUCUUAUUGAAGACUACACACACCUGGAACACCCUCUCAUGCCCAACGCGCCCAGACUCACCAUCGCCACCUGAACGCUGUGUAUACUAGCAAAGACCCUUUCAAGGCAAGUCAUUUCAGAUGGCGGCCAUCCUUGAAACUCCUCUCGGGCAGCUAUUUUAGUCCUGCAAGUACAGCUCCUAUCUCUUUGAAUGGGGAAACAUCAAAUUCUCCAAAGCUGUACACAAAGUUUACGAUUAAAUUUCAUAUUUGAAAUCACAAAUGAGAUCUUACAACAACUGUCAUAAAUAUUGUUUCUUAUGCUCAAAAAGCAUUAACAACAGCUGCAGUGACGCGAAGACUUUACCAAUCAGCGAUUGGCUCUUUUAGUUAGAAGGCGGGACUUAUUCCACCAUAUUGCACACUGCACUUUCUCCCAUUCAUAGUAAUACACCGUCUUUAGCUCUAUUCGGACAGUAAUCGUUUCUCAUGUGGACGUCUGUAAAAAUAAAUUUGCUUGGCACCUCAAGUGUUGAACUCAUGCAUUCGGAUGGCAAAUUAUUAGCUGUUGGGAAGCGAGUUUUGUGAUCCUACGAACCCAGGAACGCGCUGCUCACGUGGUCAUUCGCAUGAUUGUCUGCUGUAAAUAAAAUGUCAUAUGCUUGGAAUUGGAAUAAAUGUAUAUUUUAUUUAAAAAUAGGAAAAUAAUAUCCCAUUUAUUAUGUGAUUAUUUAUGUCUCCUGUUUAAAAAUAGGAAGAUAGACGCGC